UGGUAUCCCCGCAAAGAGCCACAGAGGGAGCGAGAGAGACAGUUGAGAACAUCCGCCGGAGGAGCAGACAGACAGACUGCGGGAAGAGUCGCCGGGUACAGGGAGAGCUCCAGAACACAUCGCUCAAAAUGGGAGUCGAAAUCGAGACUAUAACCCCGGGCGACGGAAGGACUUUCCCCAAAAAAGGGCAGACGUGUGUGGUGCAUUAUGUUGGCUCCCUGACAGAUGGACGUAAAUUCGACUCAUCCCGUGAUAGGGACAAACCUUUCAGGUUCAAGAUCGGCAAGCAGGAAGUCAUCCGAGGCUGGGAGGAGGGAGUAGUGCAGAUGAGUGUUGGUCAAAGGGCCAAAUUGACCUGCUCUCCUGACUAUGCUUAUGGAAACAAAGGCCACCCAGGCAUCAUCCCUCCCAACGCCACCCUCAUCUUUGAUGUUGAGCUGCUGGGUUUGGAAUGAAGCAAAUCCACAGCCUAUUUUUGUGUUGUGUAAGUGACUUCCUACCUGGGUGACCUGGAGAGAAGCUAGGAGAGUCUGCACUUGAUUCUAUACGAGGCUUGAGUCUAUAGUUCCACUACUUAUUUCAUCAAACUAUGACAGUUUGUGUUCUUUUGUCUCUGUGACUGAGUUAAUUAUAUUUUUCCAUCAUAUCCUUCCUCCUGAAAACUAUGGGCCAUAACCUUAUGAACCUCCAUGUUCUUAAUCUUGAAUUGUUUUGAAUUGCGCUUUACUUUUCUUUGUGUUUUUUGAAGUGCUGGUUGUGCAUGGUUAUGCUGAGAAGUACAAAAUACCAAUGAACCACUAGCAGCGACAUUCAUCACUAAUGAGUUAGCGUGUCCUGGUAUUAUAAAGCUUGAGUGCUGGUGCUUGUUAUAUUACAGAAACAAAAAAAAGUGUACAAAAGACAAUGAAAAGCACACAUUUGUAUCCCUAUCCAGCUUAAAAUCAAUAGAAAUGAAACACGUUUCUGUUAGAGAGAUGAGGUUCAGUGUCGAAUUUAGUGGCUACCUGUAGUGAAAUCUCAAGUCAUGGAAGGCCUUAAUGGUGCAACAUAAGACCUGAGUUUGCUACAUAAAAAACAGUUUCUAUAUAGUGCCACUGUGUUUUCUUUUUCAUGUAAAUUGUUAACCGAAGUGUUAGCUCCAUGGGGGGUAACUGGCGCAAAGAAGAACCAAUCACAGUUGUAGAUAGUUCUAAGGUGUGCCUAAAUAUUCUCACCAGACAAAUGGUAACCACUUUACCCUGUCUGCAUGUUCUAGGCCCGAUGGAAACCUUAGUAUGUAGAGUUUGAACGCUUCGCAUCCAAUUUGCGUUAUUAUUGCCUUCUCAUUUCGCCAAGUCUUUAAACCCCAUUUAAAGCCAUACGCAGGUCGAACAGUGCAAAGAUAGGAUUCGUGGUGAUGCACAUCAAUUGGAGUUAGCUAUUUUUUUGUCUUAGAAAAAAGGGAAAUGCUUGAAAUUUACAAAAGGGGGUUUAGGAAUCAAUCAAAUUGUGACCUCCCCCAAUCUUAUUUUGUGUAACAACUUCAAUCAUGUAUUUUUCAGAUGCCAACUUUCUAUUUCUGAGAAUCAACAAAGCUAUAACCUAUGAUGAUAGAUAAUGUGCUUCUUUUUUGUUUUAUUUUUCUUUGCCAGUGUCAGUUCAGUACCACGCUGCCUAACUAAUGUCUGUGUGGUUGAGAAAAAUGCUGACACAUAGGUAUUCUAGUGGUUUUGUAUCUCAAAUAAAUAGUUUUAAAUGGAGUUUAAAUGAAGGAAUACGCUGGCCUGGCUGUCAGAUAUUGACUGUGGCUGUCGAUGUUACAUAUUGGCCAAGCUGCAACUGGUGUGGCAGCAGUCCACCUCUGUACUGUGUAGUUAUGUGCUGAUAUGUUACUGUAUGCAGGCUAAACCAAUGAUGACAUAUUUAAAAUAAAAGAAGUGCUCUCCA